ACAACGUCACAGUCUGAGAGAGACAAAACAAGCAGCCAUCAGCUAGGCUCCUCAGUCGCUUUGAACACACACCGCUCGUACAGAACACACGCAUACAUACACACUCACACUCACUCAUGACCCUGCGCGCCCACGAACUCAGACAUACACAGUCAGCGAAACACUCGCCUCAGCUCUCAGAACUCAUCCACGUGCUGGUGUGUUGAGAAACACUCUGUCACACAUUCCGUCCGUCACUGGCUCCUUGGCUCUGACCGGAGAGAAUGCUUCUGCUGUAUCGCAUAUGACUCCAUGCCUGCUCUAACUGAAGAGUGCUACAGAACACAGAGCUGAGCGGAAGCAGCAGCUGUGACUGAGGAACAGAGGAGGAGAAAUGCUAACCCCCCUCUGAGAGAACAAAAAGCAGCCUGACGUUGUGGCAGCAGCAGAAACAGCCUUUGUCUUGUCCUGCUUGGUUCACAUGCUCCCCCCGUAGAAGAAAUCAGAAGAGAGGAGACCAGAGGAGAGGAGCCGCACUGAGCACUGACACACUGGCCUACUCUACCAGAGAGAGAAAGGGUUGGCUGUUCGAUGUGUGUUAUCCUGUUGCUCUUCCCUGUGUGGAUUCAGUACUUGGACAGCUCCAGAGCACUAGGUCCGCUCAGCAACACAGUGUGUAUUUUUGCUGGUCGUGUGUUACAGUCUAUGUGAAGUCUCACUCGUCGAGACUCCAUCUCCAGGGAAGCCCUGGACCCCCAUUCCCAGCCCUCCAUGGCUCUCUCCCUGGCUCCCUGCAGCCCUCUCUCCCUGGGGACAGCAGACAGCAUGGCCAGCCUGGAGUACCAGGGGGAGAAGCAGCUCUUUGAGAAGUUCUGGAAGGGGACGUUUAAAGCUGUGGCCACACCGAGACCAGAGAGCAUCAUCGUGGCAAGCAUCACCGCCAGUAGGAAGGUUAUCAGCACGGAGACAACAACCUGCCAGCCACUCAAAGCCGAUGAGAGAAAAGGGGAGGUCGCGGACACCAAGGUGGACACAACCACAGACAGAAAUGGAUGCAUUAGAGACAUAGGACGACACAAACAUCGGACGCGGUGUGUGUCAUUUGAUGACGAUCUCUCCCCCUGGCCCCACGCUCCCAAAGGGAAGAAAAAGAAAAGGAAAUCGGAGAGAAAGAGGAAGAGGAAAAGGUCUCCGUCCUACAGCCUGUCACCAGUGAGGAAGAAGAAGAAGAAGAAGAAGAAGAAGAGCUCUAAGAAAAGCAAACGCCACAGGUAUACCUCUAAAAAGACAAAGCACAGCUCUUCAAGCUUGAAACAUAAGAGGAAGGGUGAUCGAAAGCACAAAAAAAGCUCGCGGAGUCACACGAAGCGGAGACGACGCUACCGGAGGUCAGAGUCAGAGAGUUCCACCUGGCGCUCCUCCAGCGCCGAGAGCAGCCAUCAUCUGCACAAAUCAGUGAAUCACCCUGUGUUGGGAGGCCUAGCAGCCCAGAGGGAGGACCCUAGUACAGCGCACCUGGACCACAGAGCGUUUGAGUGGGGGUCCGCCGCCAAGUCAGUCUGUAAAACGACUCCAAUCUUUCGCUCCGUCCUUUCUACUGGCACCGUCUUGCAGUCAAAACCUGGCAGUGAGGUUUUAAACACGACAGUAGUUCACCAUCACACUCUGACCAAUCAGAGCAAAGGACCACAGGAUUACGAUUCCGGGAAUGACACGUCUUCACCACCGUCGACCAAAACCAGCAUUUCACGGACAAACGUCAUCGGUGACAAAAAGGUCUUGUGUCAAGCGCCGGCUUCCCCAGAGAAGCUGAAGUUUACAGAUGGUGAUAACGCAUCCGACUCUGGGAACUCUGUGACCAGCUAUGCUUCCCUGUGUAAACCUCUGCAUGUGGAAGGUGGUUUGUCUACUCCCAUUUUCAAUGGGAACGGCAAGAGUGAGCCGGUAACAACCUCAGUAUGUGGGGCCAAGGUGGGGAGACCUCAGAAGACAGUCACUUCUCUCUCUCCUUUGAGGAUGGUGGCCUCUUCACGUAAGCGGACUAGAACCAACUCGUCGAGCAGCAGAAGUAGAUCCUCAGGGAGCUCAAGACACUCCGGACGCUACUCUCGAAGCCGAUCACUGUCAUCUGCCAGGUCGUACUCCCGUUCACCAAGCUACUUGGCUGGUUUGAGAAGGAAAGGUAGUGAGGGCAGUGGAAGGUCCAGAGGAAGCUACUCCAGAUACAGUAAAGAGAGGAUUCGAGAGAAGAAGAGGGACCCCAGCUCCUGUGAGAAGGAUGUGAAGCACAGCAGUCAGAAGCGAAGCGGGAAGAGGCAUAGACGCAGGUCCUACUCUCCAAUGAGGAAAAGGAGGAGAGAUUCACCCAGUCACCUGGAAGCCAGGAGGAUAACUAGUGCCAGGAAGAGGCCCAUCCCCUACUUCCGGCCCAGUCCUUCAUCCAGCAGUCGCUCUACCAGUGUAUCCUCUUGGAGCAGCCUCUUCACACGGAGUCGCAGCCCUAGGUCCAGUCCUGGCCUCUGCCUCAGUAGUUCAAGGAGUAGGAGUAGGAGCAGGAGCCGAGGAAGAAGUAGGAGUAGGAGCUACUUCUCCUACCGGAGCUACAGUCGCAGCUCCUCUUGGAACUCCAUCUUUGGUCGCCGGAACCGCAGUCAGAGCCGGAGUCGCAGCUAUGACUCGUUGGACGGUUACAGCAAGGGCAAGAACCGGCACUGAGGUUUUUUUUAACAGACUGAGGAGGUUACAGAGGAGACUGCAUUAUCAUUUCUCAAUCUCCCAGCGGAAGUAUGAGGUAAUGUUUUCAUCUCUUUGCGUCUUUUUUGUGUUAGAUGCCUGAGCCAGACCCUUCAAGUAAGUGUUUUUUUUUUGUGUCGUUAUUUGUUCAACGAUGUCUUGAAUAGAGGCAGUUGUCUCGUCCAUGAUGUAUUGAAGACAGAAACCACUGGAAAUAGAUUUUUUUUUUUUUGAGUCAGCUGUGUCCUCGUCAUGCAUUAUUAUCAUUCAAAAUGGCCAGAGACUGUUUUUCCUUGUGACACUCUUCCUCUGACGUCUGUGUCUGAAACAAAGGAUGGAGGAGCAUUGUUCAAUUUAACCCUCUGAUAAACUCUUAUUUUAUAACAACUCUUAAGUUUCUGACCAUUUCAGAUCUGGGAUGUGCACUACAAAGUUGCUUUGGGGACAGAGGGAGGGUGAGAGGGAGGGUUUUUCAGGAACAUAGGAAAAGGUGUCCAUCUCUGAUCUCAGCUCUUAACAAUGUGGAGCAAAAACAUGCCUCUGAGAAAUGAUGAGAAGGGGGAGGAAGAGGAGGAGGCGGAAGUCCCGAUGCCAAACAAACUGCCUAUCAGCUCAGAUGUAUUUAUCCUCUAAUCAAGUGGAAAACAAUUUAAAUUGAAUUCCUUAUAAGAUGAAUGAUCAAACUACUGCACAGAAGGGCUGAAAAAGUGGGUUUUCAUAAAAAUGUCUGUCUUCAUAACAGCUCCUCUAGUGAAGCUCAACUAUGUGAGUUUACAAUUAUUUUUUUUUACACUUUUAGUAGCUAGGUUGUCAUAUUUAUUUAUCUAGGUAGUUAUUUAUUAAUUCAUAUAUUUAUUUAUUUAUUCAAAUGAUCUGUGUUCUAUUUAUUUUAUUAUUUUGAAUGAAACUUGAAUAAGAGUGCAAUGAGAGUGUUCAAUGGUUUUACUUCUCAGCAUAUGUUUGACAGAGAGGAGAUUCACUAUUGGAUAAAUCUGUUAUUUUGUUAUUCAGAUUUUUUUGUGUAACGGUCCCAAAUAGCACUGUUCAAUAAUGUGUUUGCUAUUUCAGAAGCAGAAUCAAACACAUACUUCACCUGUCUUGUUUGCAUAGUUCGCCCACCAAAGGUCAAGUUUUGAAACACACGUUUUUGUGUCAUGCAUAUUCAUAACGUGUUUACAGUAAUGUUCAUGCUUUUGUGUUGCCUCUCAGCAAUGGUCUAUGUUUCUAUGCAAUGCCAUUAUAUUGCUGGGUUUAUACAAUUAUGAGUAGGUUGCGAUUAAAUAAAUAAAAAAGUUCCCAUUCAAACUCUACAGUGGACAGUCUGACUCUAGCCCAUGUGCCAGUCUGUUUGUGCUGUCAUGCCAACUCACUGUCAUCCAUUGACAGUAACAGAGUUGGCAAGCGAACAAGCAGAUCUGCAACAAGGCUAGUCUGACUUUGCACAAUAGACAAUGUAAUAGCAUAUCGAUACAAACAAUGUUACUUUGCUUCACUCCAUCUCAACUAUUCAUUCCUCCGUUCUCUUUUGGGGAGAAUGCUAUUUCUUCAGAGGCUAUGCUAUAAAUAGCCACAUCAACAGAGAUGACAGAAGAAGCAAAUAGGAAAGUACUAAAAGCCUGUGUGGCAGACUUUUAGCCUCAAUGGAUACUCCCAUAUACUCUUUCAAGGAGAUCUAUGUGAGUAGAUUAAGCAAAAAAAAAUAUGAAAACAUUAGCAUUUAGAAUAACUGUCUUGGCCCUUAUGUUUAAUUUCUCCAUUAGGUCCAAUCUAUCACCCUGUCUAUCUACGUUCAGAAUCUGCUCCAGGCAUGAGGGUCUGCUCUCUAUGCAUUGUACAUAUAACAGUCUGAAGUUAUUUAUCUGAAUGUUCAGUAACUUGUCCAAAGGUUUGGAGAGCCUGGAAGGAAGAUGAUGACACAAGAGUUUGACAACACAUUUUACAUAUGCUACUGAUGACAUGCUUUUGCGGUAGUGCUGAGUGAUUAACCGAAAUGUAGGUUUAUUUUCAUUUUUUAAAUAACUAAUUGAUCAAUGUCAGUUCAAUUAUUUUAAUUCCUUUUAUUUCCAUUUUUUUUCUGUGCGCUCAAAUCGCGGUUUGUGCUGUUUCUCUAGAGAUUUCUCUCUGGGAGAUGUUGUCCAACUAUAGAGAAUGAUAGAGGCCUCUAGUGGCCAAAAUGAGUGCCAAAAGGCUCUAUUAGCAUGGGCAGCACCAUUGAGGGCUUCCAACAUUUUAAUGUAGUCAACUGGGUGGGACUUCCAAAUUGAUUGGCUGAUCCCUCCUGGUGGCCCAGUUGGAGUCAUGUCCAACCGAGUCAUCAGGAGGGUUCAGCCAAUCGUGAAUAAGAAAAUUGACUACUUCAAAAUAGAGAUUGCCUCAAUGGGGCUGCCCAUGCUGUCACAAAGACUAUAAUACCAUAGAUACAAAGAUGAGUCCUCUAUCGCAAUGUGUCAAACUCAUAGUUAAGACCAGAAUCCAUUGCGCCUACAGCUGCCUGUUAUCAUUGGUUCUUGCCGGGCAAGACUGUGGGGCCGGCAGACCGACCCAGCGAGAAAGAGCAGAGUGAUAGCGAGACAAGAGAGGGAUAGAGACAUCAUCAUACAAUCUUAUAAAAAGGGGUUCCAAAAUGGCUGUUUGGUUGUCCCCAUAUGAGAACCCUUUUUGGUUCCAGGUGGAACCCUUUUUGGUUCCAGGUGGAACCCUCUGUGCAAAGGGUUCUACAUGGAACCCAAAAGAGUUCUACCUGGAACCAAAAAGGGUUCCUCAAAGGGUUCUCCUAUGAGGACAGCCAAAUAACCCUUUAAGGUUCUAGAUAGCACCUUUUUUUCUAAAAGUGUACUAAAAACAAAUAUGUAAUUUACACAAGCAAAAUAUUUUAUUUAAGUAAAGUAAUGUGAAUAAAAGAUGGCUAGAGCCCAAUAAAGGAUAGUAAUGGGCAGUCACUACCAUCAAUUGUUUUAUUCUGUGUUACAGCAUUGAACCCACAUAAUGCAUUUAUUGUACAAAAACAAAAACAUGAUUAUUUUUCAAAAACUGAACUGACCUAAAAAAACAACAACACUAUUUGCUGAGCACUAUUUUGAGGUGAACCACUCUCCCUUUUGGCCCUGAUAUACCAUUCCAUGAUGUACAGUAUGUACACUGUACAAAUGAAUAUGAAUUAUUACUGUGGUGUAAAUAUGCAUCUGCGCUGUAUAGAUUCAUUAUAUGAGGGAUGUGGCAUAAUUCAUUCAGAAUUUGUGGAAUAGUCAAUCAAAUGAUCAAUGCAAAAUUAUGCACUGGUACGGUAUGGUUUCUCUCCUACUGUAAAUACUUUGCCUCAUUGUUGUCAACUCAUCUGUAAGCUCUCUGAUUUUAGUGUUAAAUAAUGUACAUUCAUUCUUUAAUUUUCCAUGUGAAAGAACAAUAUUGCAAGACUGAGAGACAGGAUGCGUUUUCCCGCUGGUGUCAGUGUGAGCUUGACUUGUAAUGUGUCAGCUGAAAUUGUAAUUGUCCUUCCUUUGAAUCCUUAAAUAAACCCUUAUGCCUCCCCUUCCUCUAUCUUGUAAGUCUGUAAAAUCCAUGUAAAAUCCUAAAUAAAAUGGUAUUUCAUU